AUAGUGCUACUAGUGAUCCAGACCAAUUCUUAUAUUAAGUUAGUGGCACUGAAUAUUUUCCCUAUCUCAUUUCUUUCCUAGACCUGUAGUUGUAAAACAAUCUGCUUGUGCUGUGUAGUUUGUUGAAUAUGGGAAUGAGGGAAGCAUUGUACUGCUCCAAGCCUGCUUAGAUCAAGUGAAAUUUCAGAGCGAAGACUUUUAGUCAAAGCCAGAUCUUCUAUCAGCUAUCUUUAGAUACUUUUUGGGUAGACCGAAUUUCGCCACAGUUUUCUGUGAAGCACUGAGAAGUAAAGUGAUGAGUGAAGAAUUUCUAGAAGGUCUCUCCAAGCAAUUGCAUUUGUCUACACCCGAGAAGAUUGCUGUUGGUCUUGCUCUGUCAGAUUCAGGAAAUACGGAUUUCAGAAUCAGAGGGCAAAAUUUCUGCAUGGCACAUAUUGAGGAAACAAAGCCUGCUUCUAUUUCUCAUGAGCAAAUUCAGAACAUUGUUUUAUUUCUCUCUCAGUCCGAGGGCCUGGCAAAGCAUGUGGAUUCUUUUACAAAGAUGUUGUCCUUGUUACAACUCAAAGAGAGGACUCAUUUUGUACUAGCCCCAGUACUGGUGGAUGAUUCAUCUGAUGUCAACUCAUUGAGAAUUGAGGGAGCAGAUAUCAAUAAGAGCCUUCUGGCACUAAAGGAAUGUAUCCGUGCUCUUAACAAUGAUCAGAUUCAUAUCCCAUUUCGUGGGAGCAAACUCACAGAGGUUCGAUUAGUAAUAAACCAUUUUCAUCUACUCAAAACUCAUAUGAUACAGUAGAGGAUGAGAAAGUGCAAAAGGUGUCCCCUCACAGAAAAGUUUCAAGAGAAGAAAAAUCUGAAAAGCAGAGCAAUUGGACUAAGAAAGAUGGCGUAUCUGAUCCGCCCACCGUCAGUUACAAGCAACAGCCUAUGUAUGAUUCUAGCUCGAACAAUGUUGCACCAAAACAAUAUGAGCAUGAACCUCGUACAAGUCACAAUGGAGAAAUCAAUGCAAUACUUGAUGAGGUAGGCUUAUUUUCACUCCAAGCUUCUUUUCUGUCAUUUCUUCAUUUUUCUGUAGCCAGUUAUCAUAAGGCAUUUUCUAUAUGCAAUGGUUUUUCUUUUCUUUUUUUGAGUUUGGAACUGUGUUCUUGCUUCA